UCCCAUAGUAUUUUUUAUGGCGAGGUGAAAAGCAUCAUUUGCGACGAUAUUUCUUACUGUACGUGAAUUAAUUUCCGUCCAUUUUCUCCAUUAUUGCGGAAUUUCAACGCCGAAUGUCUUAGCAGUUCUUCCAGCUACGAAAUUAUGCUUCUUAAGAGCGACGCAGCGAGGUAAUGGCGGAUAAACGGAAGCUUCAAGGUGAAAUUGACCGUUGCCUAAAGAAAGUUCAAGAAGGCGUAGAAACAUUUGAAGACAUCUGGCAAAAGGUUCACAAUGCGACAAACGCAAAUCAAAAAGAGAAAUAUGAGGCAGAUCUUAAGAAGGAGAUCAAGAAACUACAGCGAUUGCGAGACCAGAUUAAGACUUGGAUGGCGUCCAACGAUAUCAAGGACAAAAGAACUCUCCAGGAUAACAGAAAACUCAUUGAGACGCAAAUGGAAAGAUUUAAAGUUGUUGAGAGAGAGACUAAAACAAAGGCAUAUUCUAAAGAAGGCCUUGGACUUGCAGCAAAGAUAGACCCAGCAACAAAAGAGAGAGAAGAGGCAAGAAUUUGGAUGACGGAAGUCCUAGAUAGGUUACAAAUAGAGGUGGACCAAAUAGAAUCUGAAAUAGAACAGGUCUAUGCAGGAUCACGAAAGAAGAAGCUUGAUAGAGAUAGACAAGAUAAAGUGGAUGAAUUACAAGAUUGGGCAAUGAGACAUCGGCAUCAUAACCAGCAAUGGGAGAUGAUCCUUAGAAUGCUGGACAAUUGUACAAUACAGCCUGAUGAGAUUAAGAAAUUACAAGAAGAUAUGGAUUAUUAUUUGGACUGUUACAAGGAACCUGACUUCCAAGAAAACGAGUUCAUGUAUGAUGACUUUGACCUUGAAGAAAAUAUUGCAUCCUUAAACACACUGGCAACUUCCCCUACAGAUGAUGAUGAUGUUAUUCUUAAUCAUGUUCCUUUGUCGCCAAGCUCUACGAUACCUCCAAACUCUCCUGGCACACCAACCUCACCUGGAACACCGAUAACACCUGUAACACCUGGAGUGGGUACCAAAAUCAAUUUGAGCUCACCAAGAAAAAACUCCAAGAAUGGUUCUUCUCAAGGGAAUAGCCUGCCAAGCAAUUCACCCCCUCGAACACCAACCUUCAAGACUAACAGCUUUAGCCAGCCGUCAGUCACACAGACUUCACCAGCAAGCAUAUCAAGUCCAAUUAUCAUUAAAGCUAGUAAUACACCAGCAAAAGUAGUUAAUUCACUGACUCAUGCUAAUGCCUUCGAGAAUCAUGAGUCCAGUAAUGGAGAGGAGCCGUUACUCAAGACACCACCUCCGAGCACACCUCCUCCUCCUCCCGUGUUAGGAUAUGCUGUGGCUGCUGCUGCACAGCAGAAUCAUGUUGAUAGUGCACCGGAUUCUCCCCCGGCCUCAGCAGUGUCAUCAAGACUGGUCAAUCAUGUGUCAUCAGCACCAACAACGAUGCCCAGCAGUAUAUCACGGCCCAGUUCAUUGGCAGGAAAUGGCACAGAACAGUCCAUGCAGAGUAACCACUUCCCUGAAACAGAAAGCAUUGCAUCAAGCAUCUCUGACUUUGUUUCAUCCAUUGCAUCUCUGUCCAUUACCACUCCACCGACGAUAUCAACAGCAACGCCACCUUCACAACCUAACCCAUUACCACAACCAUCACCUGUUCUUAGUUCUGUCCUUGGGAUCAAGCCUUCGACGUCUACAGUGUCACCGGCUCCUGUGCAAUCUGUGUCGACAAGCCUAACAUCUACCCUUCCUCCAAGCUCUGUCCCUUCUUCUGUCCAAACAUCGGAUCUUGGUGGGUUUAACUUGUCCAUGGCUGCACCUCUGGUGUCAAAUGCCAGUUCAGUGUUAUCCAAUCCUACUAUGUCAUUAGGAGGAGAGGCUUUGGUGACAUCGUCUAAUCCACCUGCACCAAUUUUGAGUGGGUCUCAUCUCAUUUCAAACUCAGGACCAAGUCAGCAGCCUUCAACUUCCAAUACAUUCUCAUCGUUGAAGUCCAUGGCAGCACAGGCGGUGGCUACAGCAGGUUUGAACAAUCCUGUCUCAACACCAACAGACUACAGCACAGAAAGUAGAGGUUUAUUUGAUUCAAGCAGCAGCCAAACAACAGAUGAGAGCAAGGCUUUACAAGAGACGAACACAGCGCACCUCCAGCCCCUACUGGGUGUGGCUCCCUUAGGUCCUGUGCCCCUGAACAAGGAGAGAUGUUACCAGCUGGCCAUGCUAGAGGCUGCUUACCAUCAUUUACCGCUUCCGGCGGACUCUGAGAAAGUCAGACCUUGUUUACCUCGUAAUCCUUACCCUACACCGGCGCAUCACCAUCAACAUCCUCCACAACACGUAGACUCGAUAGAAUUCUUUCAAAGAUUGUCCACAGAGACGUUAUUCUUUAUUUUCUAUUACCAAGAGGGAACAAGAGCGCAGUACUUAGCAGCAAAGGCUUUGAAAAAGCAAUCCUGGAGAUUCCACACCAAGUACAUGAUGUGGUUUCAAAGACACGAGGAACCGAAGGCUAUCACGGACGAAUACGAACAAGGCACCUACAUCUAUUUCGACUAUGAAAAAUGGGGUCAAAGGAAAAAGGAAGGCUUCACUUUUGAGUAUAGAUACUUGGAAGACAAGGAACUCCCUUAAAAGAACUUAGGAACGGUCAAUAACCAGGCAUGGUCUAAAUCGCGGGGCACUGACAAAGCUCACGGAAUAGCACGAGCAAAAGAACCAUGAAUAGCACGUGGCACGUGAGCCUCGUGCUAUAGCGGCACGUGAAGAAGACAGGAAAGAGAACAUUGACACGCUUGACUCGUGCAGAUUUUUUUACCGGCUGUGUCCACGUUGGGUUAGUUUGAAGAGAAUGACGCAGCUGAUCUUGACGGCUUCGUCUGACCUCGUCUGUUUUAUGAACACUGGCUUGUUUAUAAUUGUAAAUAUGAAUGCUAGCUCUAACAAUUCCGUUCAUUAAAAAAUUGAAGCAUA